GAGCCUACCUUGGUGUGGUGGAUGAAGUGGGGAAUGAGUUCGUGUGGAGAUAGCUAGAGGACUGAGGGGGAAAAAACUUUUUUGGGUACUUUUAUAUCCAUGACAUUUAUCAGGGGCUCUACAGAGAGGAUUUCAGGAAUCUUGCCAUGUUCAAGGCAGUGCUGAAGAAGAACAGAGAUGGAGGAAAGGGAAGCAAGAAGGAUUCAGGUGAUGGUCACAGUCACAGUGCCCAAAGAAGAUGCUCACCUGAGGGAAACCUGCAGCCCCAUGGACCUGGCGGCGGUCACAUCAAUGUACCGGAGGAUAUUUUUAGGCUAAGCCUUGCCAAGGGAGGAUCCAUGUCUCUCCCAUCCUCACCUCUCUUGCCAAGACAGUCCUACAUGAUGCCUUUACGCCCUAGCAAAAGAUCUCCAGGUCCAAUCAGGAAGCCCAAAUAUGUGGAGAGUCCUCGGGUUCCUUCUGAUGCUAUCGUUUCAGCGCUGAGGAAGGUGGCCGACAACAAGGAGUCUUCCCACAAUGAGCUGCAAGCAGAGAAACAGCCAAGCUCCUCCUCCCCUGCCACUCAGGAACUGAUGACAAGGCUGGGCUUUUUACUGGGAGAAGGGAUCCCGGGUACGGCACGCAUACCUAUGGAUGACAAGAAUGAAAAGAAGUGCUCUGUGACCAGUCAGGGUAUCAGCCCCUGUUCUACGCUGACCAGCAGCACGGCGUCCCCCUGCACCGACAGCCCAUGUUCAACACUCAACAGCACAACCAGCCGCCCCCCUCUGAGCCGCUCCAGUCCCUGUGGAACAAUCACCAGCCCCACCUCCACACUCGAGAGCAAGGACAGCGGGAUCAUAGCCACCAUCACUAGUUCCUCUGAGAACGAUGACCGCAGUGGCUCCAGUCUGGAGUGGAGUAAAGAUGGCAGCCUGAGAGGCAGCGGGCGCCAUGGCCUGGCACAGAGUGUACGGGCAGAUACCUGCUCCCCCGUGGCGGAAGAGGACACCAACAGUGCCACUGCCACACCAGCCGACACCCCAUCCAGAACAGACCAACAUCACCAGUCCAACACAUGCACUGGGGCGCCACCACACCGGCCGAGUCACACACCUGAGGGACCCGUUCCAUACCCAACACAGACGUCUUCCCUCAUGAUGCCGAGGCCAAACUCAGUAGCAGCGACCAGUUCCACAAAACUGGAAGACCUGAGCUUUCUUGAUGAGCAGCGUAACACCCCCCUGCGGACAUCUAUUCGCCUGCCGUGGCAUAAUACUGGAGGAAGGCCACCUCAGGACUCCAAAGCUCGUUUUUCUCCCUACAAACCUGCGGACAUUAUGCUUAAACCUCUGCUGUUCGAGGUGCCCAGCAUCACCACAGACUCUGUAUUCGUCGGCCGGGAUUGGCUGUUUCAGGAGCUGGAGGAUGUCCUGAAGGCCAGUGAGACCACAGAGAGCCACGGUGCCGUAGUGGUGGGCAGCGUGGGAUACGGAAAAACGGCCAUCAUCUCUCGACUAGUCGCAUUAAGCUGCCACGGAGGUCGCAUGCGCCAGAUCGCCUCCAACAGUCCCAGUGCUUCUCCAAAAGGUGGCGGUGGACAAAGCACAGAACUACCCCUCAGCCAGCCCCCACAGCCCACUCCACCCUCCAGUGCUUCGAAUACACUGAGGACCAACAGCUGCCCAGGGACCCCAGAGAUACAGCGGCGUAGAGAGGAGGCUGUCAGACGCCUGGCUGCAAAGGUGGUAGCAUAUCACUACUGCCAAGCAGAUAACACAUACACUUGCUUGGUACCAGAGUUUGUACAUAGUAUUGCGGCUCUGCUAUGCAGAGCACACCAGCUUAGUGCAUACCGGGAGCUUUUGCUGAAGGAACCUCACCUCCAAAGCAUGCUCAGCCUGCGUUCGUGUGUCCAAGACCCCAUGGCUGCGUUCCGGAGGGGGGUCCUGGAACCACUAGCUAAUCUUCGAAAAGAGCGGAAGAUUCCAGAGGAGGACCACAUCAUACUGAUAGAUGGGCUGAAUGAAGCCGAGUUCCAUAAGCCCGACUACGGUGACACGAUCGCCUCUUUCAUCACUAAGAUCAUCACCAAGUUCCCCUCCUGGCUUAAACUGGUGGUUACUGUCCGGGUUAACCUGCUGGAGAUCACCAGCCUGCUCCCCUUCACCAAGAUCUCCCUGGACGAUUUUUCUGACAAUAAAGAGAUAAGCAACGACCUCAACGCAUAUAUCCAGUACCGAAUCAAUGGCAGCAAAGACAUCAUGAACAACAUAAGUCUGAAUGGCAAGGCUGACCCUCUCACAGUUGGCAAGCUCAGCAGCCACCUGAUCUCUCGCAGCCAGGGCUCGUACCUGUAUCUCAAACUCACCCUGGAUCUGUUCGAGAGAGGCCACCUGGUGAUCAAGAGCGCCAGCUACAAAGUCGUGCCCGUCUCAGUGGCUGAGCUCUACCAAUUACAGUGCAACAUGAAGUUCAUGACUAAUUCAGCCUUCGAGCGUUCACUGCCAAUCCUCAAUGUGGCGCUCGCCUCACUGCAUCCCAUGACGGACGAGCAGCUGUUCCAGGCCAUCAACGCCGGCUUCAUUCAAGGAGAGCUGCCAUGGGAGGACUUCCAACAACGCAUGGAGUUACUCUCAUGCUUCCUCAUCAAACGCCGAGACAAAACGCGAAUGUUCUGCCACCCAUCCUUCAGAGAGUGGCUUGUAUGGAGAGCUGAUGGAGAGAGUACAGACUUCCUCUGUGACCCCAGGACCGGUCAUGCUCUCAUGGCCUUCAUGCUGUCUCGUCAAGAGGGGAAACUGAAUCGACAGCAGACGAUGGAGCUGGGACACCACAUCCUCAAAGCGCACAUCUUCAAGGGCCUGAGUAAGAAAACAGGUGUGUCAUCCAGUGUGCUGCAGGCUUUAUGGAUCAGCAGCAGUGCUGACGGCCUUUCUGCAGCUUUGGCCUCUCUGAGGAACCUUUACACACCCAACGUCAAGGUGAGCCGUCUGCUGAUGCUCGGAGGGGCGAACGUCAACUACCGUACGGAGGUCCUCAACAACGCACCAGUGCUUUGCGUCCAGUGCCACCUCGGUCACCUGGAAAUCGUCUCCCUGCUGCUGGAGUUCGGAGCCAGCGUGGACGUCGUGGCCGAAAACAACAUGAGCCCCCUGUGCUUCUCAGCUGCUGCGGGGCACUUGGGUCUGGUCAUGCUUCUCUGCAAGAGGGGGUCAAAGAUUGAUCAUAUAGAUAAGAGCGGCCAGUGCGCUUUGGUCCACGCCGCCCUCCGAGGCCAUCUUGAGAUCAUCCAGUACCUGCUGGAGCUGGAGUGGUGCGCUGAGCAGGACUGUGCUCUGAAGAACAAAGCCCUGCAGCAGGCUUUGAUAGGAGCCUCCAGCAUGGGACACACACAGGUUGUGAGGGGCUUGCUGGCGUUGAAUAAUGAGCAUGCUGUGCAAAUUGAUAGCCAUGACACUCUGUGGGGAGAGACAGCGUUGACGGCAGCGGCGGGAAGGGGGAAGAUGGAGGUGUGCAGCUUCCUGUUGGAGGAGGGGGCGGUGGUGCAGCAGGUGAACCGGCGGGGGGUCUCUCCUCUGUUCUGUGCCGUCAGACAGGGACACUGGCAGAUUGCGGAGCUGCUGUUGCAACACGGCGCCGACAUUAACAUCAGUGACAAGCAGGGCAGGACCCUACUGAUGGUGGCUGCCUGCGAGGGUCACCUGAACACUGUGGAGUUUCUGCUUUCGAAAGGUGCAUCUUUAACUUCGAUGGACAAGGAGGGACUGACGCCCCUGAGCUGGGCAUGUUUAAAAGGACACAAGAAUGUAGUGCAGUUUUUGGUGGAGAAGGGUGCGGUCAUCGACCACACGGACAAAAACGGACGGACUCCUCUGGACCUCGCCGCUUUCUACGGAGAUGCAGAGAUUGUCCAGUACUUGGUGGAGCGAGGAGCGGUGAUAGAGCAUGUGGACUACAGUGGGAUGAGGCCUCUGGACCGGGCUAUAGGGUGCAGGAACACCUCAGUGGUGGUGACUCUGCUGAAGAAAGGGGCCAAGCUGGGCUACAGAACUUCUCCUUACGAUCGAUCAGGGAACGCUGCUUGGGCUAUGGCUACUUCCAAGCCCGACAUCCUGAUCAUCCUGCUUCAGAAGCUAAUGGAGGAGGGAAACCUGCUAUACAAGAAAGGGAAGAUGAAAGAGGCAGCCCAGAGGUACCAGUACGCCCUCCGGAAGUUUCCUAGAGAAGGCUUUGGUGAUGACCUGAAGGCAUUUAAAGACCUGAGGGUUUCUCUGUACCUCAAUCUCUCCCGCUGUCGCAGAAAAACCAAUGAUUUUGGAAUGGCUGAAGAGUUUGCAACUAAGGCACUGGAGCUAAAACCCAAAUCCUAUGAGGCCUACUACGCCCGAGCCAGAGCUAAGAGGAGCAGCAGACAGUUCACAGCGGCCCUGGCCGACCUGCACGAAGCCGCCAAGCUCUGCCCCAAUAACCGCGAGAUUCGCCGUCUGCUGGCUCGAGUCGAGGAGGAGUGUAAACAGAUGCAGCGCACUCAGACCAAAGGAGGCCUCGCUGCCGCCGCAGCCGCAUCCAACCAGGCAACGGGGGGCCACGAAUCUGACAAGGAGCAGGACGAGGGCCAGGAGGAGCCUUCAGAGCACAGCCUGUCCAGGAGCAUGGAGGGCCAAAGAGACAUUCUGGAAGAGGAGGACGAAGAGGAGGAGGACGACGACGACGACAAAGAGGAGGUGUCGCAGCGCAGCAGGACGGCCGAGGCCUGCUGGUCUCAGAACAGUUACCCCUUCAACAGAGUCCCACCCUCUGAGCCUGUCAAUAACAGUCACAGUGUGGGCCCCUGCUCCCCCCCAGGCCCCAGCAGGCUUCCUCCUCACCGCUACCCUCGGGAACACCGCGAGGCGCUGGCCCAGCAGGGUCUGGUCCUGCAGCCCACCAAGCAGGCCCAGAUAGUCAAGACUAACCAGCACAUGAGCUCCAUGCAGGCAGUUGGGGGGGCGGUGGGGGGGCGCUCGACCGGCCCAAAGUCUCAGUACGCCCCCUCCAGUCCUUUACCCAGUAGACACAUGUCCAGCGUGUUGAAAGCCGGUCCCGGCAUCGACAUCAGCCCUCUGCCGACUCCGGCUGAUGAGCCUGUGUACGAGAACCGCGUGGCGCUGGCGGUCGCCUCCGCCUCGUUGGGUUACAGCGUCGAUAACGACAACUUCCUCCCCUCGCAGGCGUCAUACGCCUCCUGCAGCAGCACAAAGGCUCUGGUUCAAGACCGGCUGUCGGCACACUCUGCAUCCUCUCUGGAUGGACUGGCCUGCUCCGGUCCUGGACCUCAGGGGAACCACACUGACCCAGGAAAGGAAGUGAUGGGUGGAACAGUGGGAUCCCAGGGAGCAGCCGGAGGCAUCAGCAUGCGUGUGUCCAGUUCCACCAGCAGCCUGGCGUCCAGCAGCAGCCUAUCAGACAGCGGCAAGCUGGGACCCGACGUCCGCAACAAGAUUUCAGACAAGACGAAGCACAGCCAACAGGCGAGUUCUACGACAGAGUACAAACCCAGACCUUUCAUGGGCAUCACCGACAAGACGGCGCGAUUUCAGCAGCAAACGCAGCAGCACCACGGCAUGCAGAGUCACCAGAGCCUGCAGCCCGCGGGCCACAGCUGGCUCAACCACACAUCUGACAGCAUGGUGUGUCACAACAUGUCAGCUCUGGGCCUGCAGCCCAUCGACUGUGAGCUGCCGUACGCCAAAACAGUGAGCACUUACCAGGAGCAGCACAAACCUCCACCGCCUCAUGGUGCUAUGGCAAUGAGCAGCUUACAAAACGGAAUUCACGUCAGUGAAUUCACUGAGAAGUUCUGCCAGGCCGCCAACUGUUACAAAGAGUCCAAGCCAACAAUGGCUCUGCCGCACACUUACAUGGACAGUAAACCCAAGCAGCCGGGCCUCGGCCGAGAUAAUCCUGCCAUUCACGUAGCUUCGAUGAAACCAAAGCGAUCAUUUAUAGAGUCAAACGUGUAGAUACUUGUUAUAUCUCACAUCCAGUCCACGACAUGCACACAUUUACAAAAAUCUAAAGCAAGAAGUUGUUUUCAUUUUUGUCUAUCCUAGAAAGUCUACGGCGUUACUUUUAGACCUUGUGAGAAGUGCAGUGUGCAAGCUGUUUGUUUUCCUGGGUGAAUACAGACGGCAAGCAGUAAAUGCUCCAGAUUUCUCUCGUCCCAACCUGCCGCUUUUGGCUGUCAGCUUCUGUUACAUGACAACAUGUCCCCCGUCAUUCAGCCAAGCUGGAGACAUUGCACUGAAGGAUGUAUUUGGGCAUGUUCUGUACAGUUCUUAACAAAAUCAUGACAGCAAGCACUUUAUACACAGUUGGGCUGCUCAAGUGCUUAGACAACAUACAGUCACAGUAUAAGGUUAUUACUGAUUAGUUUUAAGGAGUAAAUGGGGAGAGGGUUUAAACUGUGUUCAUUACGUCCAUGGUGCUGAGAGAAAAGAUAGAAGGAAAGUAGACGAAAGUGUAAAGGAUGGGCAUUCCUGUGUAUUUCUAAGAUGUUCUAGAUCCUCCUGUUGUGUAUAUUCUAUAAAUAUGUACUUUUCCUUCUUUUCAGUGAAGCUCUAUGUUAAGUGUAUUGACAAGUUCAGAAUUGUGUAUUUUGAGUUUUAUGCACAAUGUUGUUCAAAUAUUAAUGUUCUAAAAGUACAUUUGUUAAAUAUGUUUGUACAUUAUAUAAAUCAUCAUUAACAUUGAACUGAAAUCCUUUCUGUAUCUGCUUGUUGUUGCUGUCUAGUUUAAUUUAUUUACAGCGCCAAUGGCUUGGUUAAUUGUAAAAGCAAUAUAUUUUAUAUAGUUAUUUUUGCACAGCUACUAAGACAUUUUAUGAUUCUCAAUAAUAUUGAGUUUAAGUGCAUGCUACAAUUGCAGUUUAUAUUAGUAAAAAAUCUAUAAAAACAAAUGGUUUGGGGGCACAGUGCCAUCAGCUCUAUUUUAAUAUGUACGUUCAAUGCAAUUGUUGCCAUGUUUCAGUAUUGUGAGCUUUAUUAGCUGUGAUCACAUACUGUAAUAGAACAUUACUGCCAUAGCCACCAUGGGAGAGAGAAAUAAAGACCCACUGAGGGAAAAAAAAA